UGUGGGAGGGGCCGGGGAGUCAGACUGCAGGGAGCAGCCGGGGUGCUGGGAGUAGGGGUGUCAGGGCUCAGGGGUUCCCUCUACGUUUUAUACAAGGGACUGAGAGCCAGAGCUGAUGUGUGGGUGUCAGGGCUGAUGUGUGGGUGCUAGGGCAGCAGUGUGGGUGUCAGGACUGAUGUGUGGGUGUCAGGGCAGCAGUGUGUGUGAGUAAGUGGCAGGUUAAGGUGAUUGGGAGGACAAGGUAUUAGCGGUGGGAGGGGAAGGGACUGGCAGGUGUUGGUGUCAGAGUUGGGUGCUGUAAUGUUUGGGGUGAGGGGGGAGCCUGUGGUGUAAGAACAUGUUGCUGUGUGAUCUCAUCUGACAGAUCAUAUUAGAUCCUAUGUGUGUGGGCAGAUUGGGCGUGCUGGUGCUUCACGACUGGCAGGACAGGCUGCUCCCUGAUUUAUAGAAACAAAACAAAGUGGUGCUGCUCGAUUGCAUGACGUGACAUCAGGAAGAAGUGUUAGCUCUGGUUCCACAAGAGAUGCCCCUUAUAAUUAGCUGAUCCCAUCACAGAGUCGUGCCAUGCUGCUGCACCCUCCCUGCCCCCUUCCCCGGGACCCGACGCUGAGCAAGAAGGACCUCAAUUACCUGCAGCAGUGGUUGGAAGUGUUUGUUACAAACUUUGAGAAGAUAAUCUUGGUGCAGACCUUGGAGCCAAGGAGGCCUGAAGAUUCUUCCUCAGAAAUUCCAGUGUUACCCCGAGAUGUUCUGCGGGUUCUGAGCCAACAGUUAAGACACUGCACAGAAGAUCUUGCCAGUGGGCAAGUGUCACAUAACAGCUUGUGCCAGGCCUUCCUCCUGCUCAAAUUCUUCAUCAUCAUCAGCAGAAACCUAGAGAAUGUGGAAAAAGAGAGGACAUCGAUCUUUGUCUGUGAAGUCAUCCAUCUCCUAACAGCAUCAGUAACAAAGUUAAAGAAGCCAUCCCCAGAGGAGACGGCAGAGUCGCAGUCACUAAAUGAAAAAGUCUCUAUUUAUGGAUUACAUCUGUGUGAGUGCCUCUUUGAUCCUUAUCAGACCUGGAGAAGACAGAGAGGAGGGGAGAUUGUUAGUGCAAAAGAGAAGAGCAAAUACAAGUUCUCACCUGCCGCUUUACCUGACGAGUUCUGCACCUUUUUUCACAUAGCAUUGCGUGAUGGAGAGAGUCUGCCUGAGCCUGUUAUCCUGCGGCUUGUCCACCUGUACGGAGCCAUUAUUACAGGAUCUAAGCAAAAUGCUCUGCUCCUCAUUACAUCGGGAUCAGUGGAAGCUCUCAUGCUGGUCCUGUGGAACUGGUGCAUGAGCCACAAUGUGAGGAACCCUCAGAUUCUACAGCUUGCAUUGGAAUGCCUGAUUUCCAUCAUCCACAUCUUGCAUGGCAGCAGCCCCAGUGAAAGGCAGGUGGAAAUCCGGAAUAUCUUGGAUACUUAUUUCAAGGUUCUUAACUCUGACCGGCCUUUGUCUUCCCUGGAGAGAAAGUCUGAGCCACACUUGGAAGAAGGACUGUUAGCCUUGCGCAUUGGCAUGUUGCGAGCUAUACCUGAGAUGCUGAACUGUGCCGACCGGCCGGUCUUGCAGGCGAUAUUCCUCAGCAACAAUUGCUUCGAACACAUCAUCCGGCUCAUUCAAAACAGCAAGCUUUACCUGAGCAGGGGCCGUGCCCCAGAGGAGAGUGGGAGAGAUCUAACCACUCAGUUACUCACCGAGCUUGAUAUCAGAAAGGUUCUUGAUAGCGAUUCAGACUCCAUUACUAUAAAUGCCAUUGGCGUUCUGACUUCCAUCAUGAGAAAUUCCCCUGCAGCUAAGGAAGUGUUCAAAGAGCGGAUUGGUUAUUCCCAUCUCUAUGAGGUUCUGAAAAGCCGAAGCCAGCCCACCAAGCCCCUUCUUCAGGAGUUACUUACAAUGGCUGUGGAAACUGAUCAUAACUUUUGCUCUGUGCACUGCAUCCAAAAUGAGCAGCCGCUGCUAAUCCUGGUCCAGUGGAUCCCUGAGCUGGUGCCCCGAGAACUCCAGAUACUGGUUUCUGAAUGGCUGAAAAGUACCUGUGACUCCUCCCUUCAGAACCGCAUGAUUUGUGUUCAGGCAGGAAUGGUUGGUCAGAUCCUCUUGGCUCUCCAGCAUGAGACAGAACUAGAUGGCAAGUGUGUAGAAAACCUUAUCCAUCUUCUACAAGUAUUGGGACGCCUCUCCAUACGACCCACUGAACUCAGGGACCUGGUCAAGCUCCUUAGGACUGAGGGUAACUGCUGCCACCGCUAUGCAACUCAGGUCAUCCGGGCUCUCUCUGCAAUGGCCAGGAAAGAUGGGCCAGAGCGAGCCCUGCAGUAUUUUGAUCUAACGCCCAGUAUGUCCGGCAUUAUGGUGCCAACCAUGCAGAAGUGGCCAGGAACUGGCUUUGCCUUUCAUGCCUGGGUGUGCCUGAAUGAGGUUGGAACAGACGAGUUACUGGCUGGAAGAAAGCGCAAACAGUUGUAUAGUUUUUUUGCAGCCAGCGGGACUGGUUUUGAGGCUUUCUUUACCACGGAUGGGAUGCUGGUUGUGGCCGUUUGCACCAAGAAGGAAUACAUGACUGUGGCACUGCCAGAAUUUCAGUUCAGCGACUCCAUAUGGCACUGCCUGGAUAUUGUACACGUCGCAGGACGCCGUCCUUUUGGACAGAAUAUGGUGCAUAUUUACACAGACGGGCAACUGAGGAAGGCGGCCCAGCUGCGUUUCCCCUCCCUAAAUGAGUCUUUUACUUCUUGCUGCAUUGGAUCUGCUGGAAAUCGCACUACCACCACCAUAAUCACCUCUCCGAAUCAUGCUCCAGACCUCACAUUUGCCUCCCACUCUGCCCUUAGCAGAUCUCAAUCCUUCCCUGCCUCGGCUCCAGUGCACAGCUGGGGUCAGGGCUCUGCACAGAACUCCCGGGAGGGUCAGGUCUCUGUCAUAGUGGCAGGGACCCAGGACACAGAAUGGGGGAGACCUACAUCACUGGAAGGUCAUCUGGGCACUGUGGCCAUUUUUCAUGACACCCUGCAAGCGAAUCAAGUAAAGGCCCUUUAUUUGGCAGGACCAAAUUAUGUGACCCCGUUCAAGCCAGAAAGUGAAUUCUCUGAUAUGGGCUCCAAACUUCUGCUUUUUUACACACCCCAGGCAUCUAAAAACAACAUCUGCCUGGAUUUGUCCCCGAGUCGCUUGUUUGAUGGGAGGCUGACAGGACACCGGGUUGUGACAUGGGACAUUAAGGAUGUAGUGAAUUGCAUGGGAGGCAUGGGCGUGUUCCUUCCCCUUCUAAACCAGGUUGCCUCCCAGACCAGUGAGGCUUCAGAGACUCAAGAGACGCAUGACCUUGUGGGCCCAGAACUCACCUCCUCCAGGAACACCCAGGGAAUGCAGCUCCCUCUUGGGAAAUCAUCAGAGAGCAGACUGGAGAGGAACGGAGUGGCAGCUUUUCUUCUGAUGGUGAAAAACUUCAUCCAACACCACCCGGUCAACCAGGAGAGCCUGUUGCAGUGCCAUGGGCCAGCUAUCAUAGGUGCUCUGAUGCAGAAGGUCUCUCCACUUACAAUGGACAUGAACGUUCUGAUGGCCUCUCAGAUGCUGAUGGACCAGGUUUCCUUAGAUGGUCAAAGUCUUCUUCUCCACCACCUCUAUCAGCACCUGCUGUUUGAUUUCCGUAUCUGGAGCAAUAGUGACUUUGCUGUUAGGCUUGGCCACAUUCAAUAUCUCUCCAACAUUAUGAAGGAUCAUAAGCAGCGGUUGAGGAAGAAAUACGGCGUACAGUACAUUCUGGAUUCAGUCCGAAAGCAUUAUGGGACACAGAUGGAAGACCCAAUCAUUGUAGAUAAUGUGAAGACUGUUCAGAUGUCAUUAUUCGCUCUGACCAAAGAUUUUCUUUCUAAGAACCCAUGCCCAGAGGAUCUGCACAGUGUCCUCAGCUACAUCGCAGCUGUGAAUGAUGAAGUGCAGGUCAGUGGGAUGCUCGAAGUCCUUCACUGCCUCUUAAAAGCAAAUGUCAGCAAUGACCUGCUCUACACCUUCCUCUUGGAGCCAUGGAAUGUAAAUAUUUUCUAUGCACUUCUGAUCCAGAAGAGCUACUCCGACCAAGUGAGAGAAAAGGUGUUCAAGAUUCUGUACAAGCUGCUGAAAUAUGAGAAGGUCCUUGAGAGGCUUAAGCAUCGGUUGAAGCUGAGAGAAAUCGGCUAUCAAGGGCUGAUCUCUUAUCUGAGUGAGGUGCCAGUGUCAAUGCUGCUUAUCCGUUGCCUGUCUGAGCAGGUGUUAGGAUCAGAUGUGUCUCCCAAUUACAAAGACCUUCUGUCAGUGGUUUAUUUGUCUCACAGGGCAGAACUUCCGGUGAAACUUGAUGUCUGUAGAAAGCUUUUCCACUUGAUUUAUUCUCAACAAGACAUAGUGCGACAUCUGGCCAAACAGACUGGCUGGCAGGACAUACUUACCAAACUCUACAUCAAGGAGUCGUAUGAGUCUAGACCAAGAAGUUUGAGCAGCCCAAUGUACUAUGGUGCCUCGUCUCACCUAAAGAGCAUGGGAAGCAGUAAAGAAGAAAAGUCUGAGACAUACAAGGAAGGUUUAAAUGGUCACAAUGGGGCUGCAGAAAAUCGGGAUGUGGACACUGUGUUCCCAGUCAGCUUUGAGGCUUCAGACCAGGAUUUCUCAGAAGGCUUUUCUGACCACUCGUUAUCCCCAACUCCUAAGCAAAAACCUUUUCUUGCCUACAACUUCAAAUCAUUUGACUCUUCAGAUCAAGCCAGCCAUUCCUCUUCUAAUAUCAUUGAUAUGCCUUGUUCAGAAGAAGCCAUCUGCUCUGAUGGCCAUUUAUUUGAAAAUGCCUACCAACCACUUUCUCCCUUCUCUUUGUCCCCUUUUGAAGUCCGUCUGGAUUUGGCAAGUGCCAGCUCAGUAGCAACCAUUGAAAGUGAGAAUCUCACUCCUAUCAGCCAGUCAGGGACCCCUUCUCCUUUUGAGACCUUCAAACCCUUUCCUGGAAUGAGGGUUCGAAAGAGUUCAAGCUUGUCAAAUGUUCUGGAUGAGAGUAGUUACCAAGAAACCUUACCCAGUGACACAGCUUCUAACACCAGCAACCCACAGCAAACACCUGAGGAGGAGCUAUGUAAUUUGUUGACCAACAUCAUCUUCUCUGUGACCUGGAGGGGGGUAGAAGGUCAGGAUGAGCUGGCGUGGAAGGAACGUGGUCAGGUGUUUUCUGUACUAACCAAAUUGGGCACAGCUUGUGAGCUGGUAAGACCCCCAGAUGAAAUAAAAAGAAGCCUUCUGGAGAUGAUGCUGGAAUCUGCUUUUACUGACAUUAAAGAAUCCACACCGGCUGCAUUGGCCAGUCUUAUCCAACAUGUAUUGAAGCUGCUACGACUUUUGCAGGAUUUUCUCUUUUCUGAAGGUCAAAACAAUGAGCUCCUCUGGAGUGAGAAGAUCUUCGAGGGGAUCAGUAACUUGCUGGACAAGCUGGGUGUCUGGUAUCAUUUAGCCAAUGGAACAUCAGAUCUGAAGGAGAUGGCUCAGAUUGGUCUGCGAAUCAUUUUGGGGUUUAUAAAGCUGGAGGACAGACAGAUGCAUUCAUCAGCAUACGUGAAACUGCACAACCUCCUGCAGACAGCUACCACCCCACAGAAGGAAGAAGCUUGUUUCCUACUAGGGAAUCUGGAGUCUCCACUCAUGGACUCUCUGUAUGCCAAGACCGAGAAUGCCUCUUGGCUGGUGCCCAUUAUCCGUACUCUGAUGGACCAGUGUUUCGAGUCCUUGGAGCUGCAGUUCCACUUACCUUCUCUCCCUCCAACCAAUGGCAGCCCAAACUUCUAUGAUGAUUUCCUAACAUUCUGCGCCACUUUGGAGUGGAGAGCCUUUAUAGACAAACAUGUUCUGCCCACAAUGGAGCAGUUUGAGAAGGAAACCUUUGCAAAGAGCCACGAUCAGAUGUCUCUGUUUUGGAAUUCCUGCUACGAUGCACUAAUGAGCAGCUCUUUCAGGAGAGAGUCAGAAAAAGAAGAGAGCCGAGUAAAAUUUCAGGAAUAUGUGCUGGAGCCAGUUAUGAAAAGGACAAAGAAUGAGAAUGCACGUUACAGCAGUGUCCUCAAGCAGAUCAACAGCCAUCACAAUACAAUCCUCAGGCAGUGGCGGUCCCUGCUUCGCUUGUUGUCCUGCCCACGGGGGGCCUGGGCUAACAGAAACCCUUCAGUGGUCAAAUGGAAAAUCUCCAGUGCUGAAACCUACUCCAGGAUGAGACUGAAACUUGUACCCAAUUAUAAUUUUGAUCCACACAAGGAGGCCAGUGCUCAGCGGGACAACCUAGGCAUUGACCACACACAGAGUCUCACAGAUUCCUUCCCACUGGCUGUGGCAAAAGAGGCCAAGGUGAACGAGCUGGAGGAUGAUCAGCUGGGAGAUGAAGACCUGAAGAACAUGAACCAAGUUGAAACCAAUGAACCGAACCAGAAAGAAAAACUUGUCAUCUCAGAGGACUGUGAGCUCAUUACAGUAGUGGCUGUGAUUCCUGGCCGGCUGGAGGUGACCACACAGCACAUCUAUUUCUAUGACAUGAACAAUGACAAGGAGGAAACCGAGGAAGGUAUUGGUUAUGACUUCAGACGUCCUCUUUCUCAGCUACGUGAGGUCCAUCUUCGCCGGUACAAUUUGCGGAGAUCAGCCUUGGAGUUCUUCUUCAUUGAUCAAGCUAAUUACUUUGUCAACUUCAAAAAAAAGGUUAGGAAUAAAGUAUAUUCCCAAAUUCUUGGCUUGCACCCACUUAACCAGUCCACAUUGGGAAGCCGUUCUCCUCAAGAGAUGCUUCAGGCCUUGGGAUUAACUCAGAAAUGGGUGUGGAGAGAAAUUUCCAACUUUGAGUACCUGAUACAGCUGAACACCAUUGCUGGACGGACAUACAAUGACUUGUCCCAGUACCCCGUGUUUCCCUGGAUCCUGCGUGAUUAUGUCUCGGAGACGUUGGACCUAAAUAAUCCAGAAGUGUUCCGGGAUCUCUCCAAGCCAGUCGGAGUAGUAAACGAAAAGCACGCAAGGGAUGUGAAGGAGAAGUAUGAAAGCUUUGAAGAUCCCACAGGUACAGUGGACAAGUUCCAUUAUGGCACACACUACUCUAACGCUGCAGGCGUAAUGCACUAUAUGAUCCGCAUGGAGCCCUUCACCACCCUUCACAUCCAGUUACAGAGUGGCCGAUUUGAUUGCUCAGACCGGCAGUUCCACUCCAUCCCAGCUGCCUGGCAAGCCCGUAUGGAGAACCCAGUGGAUGUAAAAGAGUUAAUACCAGAAUUCUUCUAUUCACCUGAAUUCAUGGAGAAUGCUAAUGGCUUUGAUUUGGGCUGCCUACAAAUAUCUAAUGGGAAAGUAGAUGACAUUGUUCUUCCAAAAUGGGCUACGUCACGCGAAGAUUUCAUCUACCAGCACCGAAAAGCCCUGGAAUCAGAGAAUGUUUCAUUACACCUGCAUGAGUGGAUUGAUCUGAUAUUUGGGUACAAGCAGAGGGGGCAAGCUGCUGUGGAAGCCCUGAAUGUUUUCUAUUACUGCACAUAUGAAGGUGUAGUGGAUCUGGACGCCAUUGCUGACGAGACUGAGAGGAAAGCGCUGGAGGGAAUCAUUAGCAACUUUGGACAGACUCCAUGUCAGCUCUUUAAGGAACCACAUCCACCGCGUCUGACAGCAGAGCAUGCAGCGAGAAGGCUAUCCAGAAUGGACACCUACUCACCCAAUGUGUUCGAGAACCUGGCUGAACUUAAAUCGUUCUUUUUAGAGGGAAUGAUGGAAGGAGUUCCUCUGGUGCUGACAGUAGUCCCAAAAACCCAGUCUCAUUCCUUCAUGACCCAGGGCUCUCCAGACAUACUGGUGACAGUGAGUUCCAACGGGCUCUUGGGAACCCACGGGUGGCUGCCAUAUGACAAGAACAUAUCCAACUAUUUCAGUUUCACCAAGGACCCCACUGUCUCAAACGUCAAGACCCAGCGUUUUCUGUCUGGACCGUUUGCGCUUGGUGCUGAGCUGUCUUCUAGAACCUUAGUUGUAUCCCAUGAUGCAAAGCUUCUCUUCAGUGGGGGACACUGGGACAACAGCCUACGGGUGACUUCUUUGAGCAAAGGGAAAGUCAUUGGUCACAUAACUAGGCACAUAGAUGUGGUUUCAUGCCUGUCACUAGACCUUUGUGGCAUCUACCUGAUUUCUGGGUCCCGGGACACCACAUGCAUGAUUUGGCAAGUCCUGCAACAGGGAGGGAUUUCCUGUGGUUUAUCCCCAAAACCUGUACAGGUGUUAUACGGCCAUGAUGAUGAGGUUACAUGUGUGGCCAUAAGCACAGAGUUAGAUAUGGCUGUUUCUGGCUCUAAGGAUGGGACCGUAAUUGUUCACACAAUCCGCCGGGGGCAGUUUAUGAGGUGUAUAAAGCCCCCGUGUGAAAGUUCUCUGCCCCUGACAAUUUCCCAGCUGGCAGUUGGUUUGGAAGGACAAAUCGUCUUUCAGAGCACAAUCGAGGGCAGGACGUCUCUUAAGGAUAAGUUUACUCUACAUUAUUACUCUGUCAAUGGGAAGCACCUUGCUACAGUGGCUUUAGAUGAGCAGGUGACUGCUCUGUGCAUCACACAAGACUAUCUGGUGCUGGGCACAUUGCAGUGUUCACUGCAGAUCAGGGAGCUCCGUAGUUUGAGAACUGCAGCUCCCUCGCUGCCAAUGAAGGUUCCUGUGCAUUGUGUGUCUGUGACAAAGGAGAACAGUCACAUCCUGGUGGGACUGGAAGAUGGGAAAUUAAUUGUUGUGGGAGCCGGUCAGCCCCUGGAGGUAAAAACUGGGCAGUUUUCAAGGAGACUGUGGGGAUCGACACGGCGCAUUUCACAGGUAUCCUCUGGUGAGACCGAGUACAAAGCAACAGAGUCCAAGUAAAAAAUAGAAAUUGAGUUUGUGAAAACCACCUGCGAGCGCUUUGCAGACACCACUGGCCAACAAUCUGAUAAUGGAGAUAAGAGCCGUUGUCCAGUGGAGCUGAAUAAUUCUUUAUGGUGGAUACCAGGGGCUUUGAGGAAUUUAUGCCUCUCCAUUCCACAGACGAUUGGUUGGCUGAAAGAACUGGGAAUCUCUAAAAGUCAUCAGGAGAUCAUUGGAAUGUGUAGCUGGUAUUUGGUGAGACAGUUAAUGUACCUUAUUAAUGGACAGACACUGCCUUGAUGAAGAUUUUGCCUCUCGUUUACUACAAUGAAACAGACACCACCUUUUAUAAAGAUAAGAUUGCAAACAGUUGGUGUUGAACUACAUAUCUACAGCAAUGUUUGCACUAAGCCAUUGUACUUCUUAUACUUUCCUUCAGCCCCCACCAUAGCUCACUAGUGCUUUGGCAGGAAAAGCUUAAACAUUGCUGCUGAGGGUGAAUUUUGGACGGCGCAGUUUUGGAUUUUUUUGCUUUGCGCUGCCACUGAUGAAUAAUGCACUUGUUUCUAAUUUUUGGACAAAUCUUCUUAAAUAAUGUAUAUAUUUUACUGAAUUCAACUUUUUUCUCCUGGAGAAAAUGAAAGCGAGAUCUAAGAAGAGACAUUUCUGCUCUAUUAUACUUGCACUUAAUGCCAUGAUUUGAUUGGCCGGUCCCACAGCAGUGCAGGUCACUGUUACAAGAAGACCGUUCUCUUCUGGGGCAUUUGACGGCCAUAUUCUAUCUCCAAGCAGACUUUGGGGUCGUUGGAUUCCAAUUGCGAUGGCGAAUGAUUCUCAUUACAUGCAGGCUUGUUACUGAGGCUGCAAAUUAUUUUUCAUAGAUUCAGAUUUUUUAAUGUUUUCAUGGCUUUCAAAAACAAUUGUGAAUUUUUUUUUUAAAGUCUAAUGCAAAAAAAAAAAAAAGGUCCUUUUCAGUAGGAUAUUUAUUGCAUUAAUAACCUGUGGUUACAGAUAAAGAGGUGAUGCUGCAGGACAUCUGAAGAGACUGUUUACAAGUUGGGUUGCAGGUUUGUGCUCACAUUGCACGUGGUGUAUUAAUGCAGUAACCAAUUACUUUUAUACACUAAUAUAAUCAGACUCCCUACAGACCACCAGCGUGUUUUUACGUUCCCACAAUGCAACAAUGACAUUUCAUUUGUGUGAAAGAGAAGGAGCGACCAAUCCUAUUGAGCACAAGAGAAGCAAAGGGUUCUGGGAGCACAUGUUCACUGCUAAUGGGAAUUAGUAUCCUCUAUGUGAAUCUGUUAAUAUGUUUUUUACUUUGUUACUCACGAUCCGCCACUUGGUUUGAGGGAUGGAGGUGUAUAUUUUUUGAUGUAGUUUUGUAAUUGUGUCGAUCACACAUAGAUCAGUAGAAUGGAGGGAUUUUUUUUAAACUGAGAUUAACAAAAGCAAUAAUUUGUUAUUUUAAGAGAUUAUUUCCAUAUAGGGAAUUCUUGAAAGAAAUAUGAAAAUGUUACUACUGAAACAUUCCAAUGCUGGAUGAUUUGUAUUUCCUAUGAAUGUAAUGCAGUUUGUUAUGGCUUUAAACGUGUGCUGUUGGGACAAACUUUUGUAUACCUCAGGAAUGUCAAACCUGUGCCCCUCACUGUUCCAAGCCUUCUUUUAUUGUAGGCAGCUCCUGGGACUGUAGUUGAAGCUGGAGAGGGGAGAGUAUGCCAUGCUCUGGUGUCCCUUUUAAAACUAAUCCUGUUUGUAAGGGCUUUUGCCACCCUUGUGUAAGGAUAUGAGUUUUACCAAAUACUACCCCUCUUUAUUGUUUAUGGGUAACUUAAUUAGACCUGCAGUAGUGCCUUCUCAUUGUUGCCUCUGGGAAAGUGAUUCCAGUACCACCUAUACUUACUCAGAUACAUAACUAAAUGCUUCCUAUUUCUGGGCUGUUCUCUUUCCUAUGGUCAGACAGGGGUUUGGUUACAAUUCAGAACAUAAGACAUAGGGUUUCCCUUUGCAAUUAUAUCAAUGGGUAGGAUAAAUGCUGUGGUUAAGUUUUGCCACUAUUGUGGGUGCUUGUUCAUAGAUAUGAUUGUGACCAAAAAACAACCCCAACAACAGCUUCUGUUUGUAACAAUAAACAAUGCCCCUGACUAGCAGCAAUGUGGAGCAGCCCAUAAGCAGAAAGUCUAGAGAAACAGAUACUUUUUAAGUACUGAAGGAAUACAUCAGUUACCUUGUUCAUAGUAGGACCAAUUAAAAUGUGUAUAUGUUUCAUCCCAAAUGAGAUUUACCCGUAAUGUACUAAAUGCACUUCGUAGCCCCUGCUCUUUAAAGAGAUGCUGGAGGCUUCUAUAUUCUAUAUAUAACAGGGGUUCAGCAAUUUUUUUACAUUUUCUGUACCCAAAGAGAACGUGCAAUUCCUUGAACAAUGUUCCUCAGCACUAAAUUUCUUGCUGUUUUUGAAUCCCUUUUGUACAGUUGUGCAAUGUUUUGCUGUGUCUGAUAUCAGGCCCAGCACAUGUAUUUCUUAUUCUGCUGCUGUUCUGCUUUAUGGGACUUAUUAUUUAGGGAUAUGAAAUGUUUGUUUUUAGCCUGGCAUGGGGAUGUUCUUGAGAGCCCGGCGAGGUCAGGGUUGUUACAGACGGGGAGGGAGGAUUUUAUGGUAAACCCCUCAUUUCUAUUCGUUUAUAUAGCAGUAUCCAUUGGUUACUGAUCCUUUGCGUUUGUUGGAGGCAGAACGCUACCAUAUUUAUGGAGUGGAAACCUCCAUAUGAUUUCAUUGUGAUAUUCCGUUAAAUCCACAAAGGGCUUUUAACAAGUUUUCCUUUUUUGUUCCCCCUUUUACUUUACUGAAUAAAAAUUAUCGAUGCUCACAAGUAAAAUAAGUUUAAAGGGACACUGACAGUUGUCUGUUUUAGAUUGGAUCCAUUGGAAACUGUAUGCACUGUUUCACCACAUUCUAAUGGACAAAUAUGGGUGCUGGUCUGACUCAUUCCUCCUCUGUAAGGCUAAUUUCACAAGGAACUCACUCAACCAGCUGAAGUGGGGACAUGAUUGCCUCAUGCAACUACAUUGUAUAUGUUCGGGAGUGCAGUUGUGAUUGGUUUUGGCCACUAAAUAUUUCCCAUUCUAGUGAAGCUG